UUAUUAUUUUUUUAAUUUUGGUUGAACCAAGGGAAGACAACAAAAGCAAAAGCUUGGGCAAUCAAAGAACAACCUGUAGCAUGUUAUCUUGCAAAACACCAUAAAAUGCCUAUCCAAUUGGAGCCACGUCAGCAACACUAUCCAGAAAUGAGUGGUUGUCCAUCUUCAUUCGAUUCAUACUUGAACAAAAAUCAAAUCUGCACAUUUAAUACUCGAUCCAUUAUGAAAAAUAUCCAAUUUUCUUAGCAAACAAACAGAGGCUACUAGAAAACAAAUCUAAACCCUGCUUUAUUUCUCACCAUACUGUCUGGCUCCUCUUCUUUCAAUCAUCGUAGAGUGAAGUGGGUGGGGGGGGGUUUCAGAAGGAAAAGCUUAUUUGAUUAGCCAUGGCACUAUCUCUCUCCUCCUCCCCUUCUUCCACCCUGUUUGAUGCCAAGGCUCCUCGGCAAUUAUCAGCUGCUGGGUCCUCCCAAUGUGCAUCUCUCCCCACCCUCUCUCCGCCUCCGCUGCCGUCUCAAAACCGCUGCGUCUGGAAGACCACCACUUAUUGCCGAAAGAUUGCCCGCAAUGUGGUUGCCAUGGCCACAGGAGAAGCACCUGCAGAAGUGGCAGUAGCUGAGCUGGAGCUGCCGGAAGCUGUCAAGACAAUCCAAGAAACUUGGGACAAAGUGGAAGAUAAGUAUGCGGUGGGUUCUCUUGCUGUAGCUGCUGUUGUUGCUCUUUGGGGUUCCGUUGGAAUGAUCUCAGCAAUUGAAAGGCUUCCCUUGGUUCCUGGUGUCCUUGAGCUCGUUGGAAUUGGAUACACUGGGUGGUUUGCAUAUAGGAACCUGAUAUUCAAACCAGACAGGGAAGCUUUGAUACAAAAAAUCAAAGGCAAAUACAACGACAUUCUUGGGAGCAGCUGAAUUACUUAUAUCAGCUGAAACUGCUGGUGAGAGUGAGUGAAUUCCUGGAUAAUGCUGAAGCAAAUGUGAUCGUGCUUAUUUUUGUUCCGUUUAAAUCAGGUUUUAACCAUAGUAAACCAUAUGUCAUGUACUCUUUCUCAAAUAAACAUGCAUCUAUAUGUAUUAUAUUUCCCCUCCUUUAGCACUGCCUAUUGCUCUUCUUAUUCACCUAGGUUUUGCAAAUUGGUAGUGCUUGAACAGUUGUACAUGGUUAGGUACUCUGCAUUAUUGGUUUUGUGCCUGGCUAGGAUGCACGAACUACAGUACUAGAUAUCCAUAUAUGCAUGGAUUUAUUUGCAA